AGUGUGUAUGGUGUGUGGGUGUGCGCCCCUCCUCCCUCCUCUCCCAACGCCCCACCACUGGCAGCGGUGUCCUGCCUUCCUCCCUCCUCCUCCUCCUCCCCGCACACACAGCCAGAGCCAGCACAAUGGCCUUUGAAAGCCUGUUCUCCAAGCCCCCAAACCCAGUUCUUGACCAAAACAUGCCCGACUCUGACAGGCAACAUGCAGGGGACGAAAGAGAGGAUGGUGAACUUGAAGAUGGUGAAAUAGAUGAUGCUGGAUUUGAAGAAGACAAGGAAGAACAAAAUGCAAAAGUUGAAGAUAAACAGAAAAAUGAAAAAACCCAUAGAAAAUCCCGAAAGAAGCACAAAAAAGAAAAAGAGAAGAAAAAAUCAAAAAGGAGAAGACGUGACAAACAUAAGCAUAAUUCUCCUUCUAGUGAUGACAGUUCUGACUAUAGUAUUGAUUCUGAUGCUGAACGUUCAGAAAGACCCCAUAAGAAAGGAGCUGGUUUCUACAGAGAUUAUGAAUCUUCAUUUCUUCAGCAUGGACAUAUUUCAGGAAAAUAUAACCCUUCACAGAAGACACAGCAUAAUAAAAAAUCCAAAAACAAAGACUAUGAUAAUUACAGUGAUGAUUUUGGGUACAAUGAGGAUGAAAAAGAGGAUUUUGCUGACCAGCUGAAACAAUAUAGACAAGCUAAAGAAACUUCAAAUACUGAUUUAGAACCUCCAAUUUCAAAAGAACCAGUGAAAAAACAAGGGAUGAAAGGUAUUCAGAAAGGUGCUGCACAAACAAGCAAUAGCUAUGGUACUGGCCGAGGGCGUGGCAUGCAAAAGAAAUUGAAGCGCAAAGACCGUGGAAGGGGAAGAGGGAUAAAUAAAAGCUCUGAAGAGGAAAUAAAGCCAGUGAAGAAAUGGCCAACUAUGAGUCAAGCAUUCAUAAACCAGCAUACUGUGGAACACAAAGGAAAACAAAUUUGUAAAUAUUUCCUAGAGGCACGCUGCAUUAAGGGAGACCAGUGUAAAUUUGAUCAUGAUGCAGAAAUAGAGAAGAAAAAGGAAAUCUGCAAAUUUUACAUUCAGGGUUAUUGUUCCAAAGGAGAGAACUGCAUUUAUAUGCAUAAUGAAUUUCCUUGCAAGUUCUAUCAUACGGGAGCUAAAUGCUACCACGGUGACAAAUGCAAGUUUUCUCAUGAUCCACUAACUAAAGAGACAAAAGAACUACUUGAUAAGGUACUGAAUACUGAGGAGGAGCCACAAAAUGAUGAUGAAAAAGAAGUGGAAGAACUUAGGAAGCGUGGCAUAGUUCCUCUUCCUAAGCCACCUCCAGGAGUUGGGCUUUUGCCAACCCCACCAGAGCCGUAUUCAUUUUCUGAGGAAGAUGCAGAAAACUUUCAGGACCCUUCUGGUGAAUUCAAGAAAAUCCCAUCUCUCUUUGAGAUAGUUGUGAAACCUACUGUGGAUUUAGCACACAAAAUUGGAAAAACUCCACCAGCAUUCUAUAACAGCGCAUCCCCACCUGGACCAGAGUUUGAAGGAAGUGAUCCACAUAUGUACAAUGCAGAAUUAAGUCCAGGACAUAAUGGACCAGCAGGGCUCCCAGGUUCUCCUGGGCGUCCCUGUGCAAUUCCCGCAGGGCCUCAAAGUCCACCUUUGCAGCCAAUUCCUCCAGGUUACUUAGGACCACAGGGUCAAGCCGGUGUACCUAUGCAUGGACAGUUGGUUGGUCCACCUUUAACACCACCUGGUGCAUCUUAUGGCUGUGCAGUUGCUCAAGAACAUAUGGCAAAUAUGCCCAGGGACAAUCACUGCCCACCUGGUCCACCGUAUCAGCAAAUUCCUGGAGAACGGCAGCCAAAUACUGGUUAUGAGUCUCUUCAGAAUCCAGCCAACUUCUAUGACAAUUACUAUUCACAUCAGGCUGUACAUAACUUCCAGACAACCAAUUCUGGUGAUGGUACAUGGCAAGGAGAAUUCACAGAUCCCCAGGCUCACCAUAUUUCUUCAGAUUCACAUAACAGUGGAAAUGAAUAUGAGUCAGACAGUGCCACAGCAGCAGGCCACAAUUCAUCUAUUAAUGUACCAGACUUCCUUCCUGCCAUGCAGAAAGCCCUUUUUGUAAGGCUCAGUCAAAAACAACAAGAUGAUGGAGAGCAGAUGAGCAAUCGGUGUCAAAGGUCACUGAGUAGAGAAGAAGAUGAUAAUGUAAACUGGUAUUCCAGUAGUGAAGAGGAAGAAGGAAGCAGUGUUAAAUCAAUACUAAAGACCUUGAAGAAACAAAGUGAGACAUUUAGAAAUCAGCACUCUGCAGACCAACAGCUGAGAGUUAUACCAACUGACCCAAGACUUGCUAAAGAGCGAGGCCCAGGAAGCCAAGCAGUUGAUCCCAGGCUCAGAUCAGCUUCAAGAUCAAAUUCUAGAAAAACAUCAGAGCCAGGAGCCUUGGACCCAAGGCUUCCACGAGAUCCUAGAAUCUUAAAAAGUAAUGAAACUAUUCAUGCAAGCUCAUCUGCUAGUGGAGCAAAGCUAGACUUGCAUCACGCACACCCUGGGGUCAAGACCAUGCAAAAAGGACUGGAUGAAGAGGAGGAGGAGGCAGAACGAGAGCUGAGAGAGAGAGCUUUCCUAAUACCAUUGGAACCUCUACCUGGAGUAACAUUACGGGAUCCAAGAUCUCAGCUCAGGCAGUUCAGCCAUAUUAAAAUGGACAUCGUUCUGAGCAAACCCAACUUUGCUAAGCAUAUUGUAUGGGCCCCUGAAGAUUUGCUACCAGUACCUUUGCCGAAACCAGACCCAGUAUCCUCAAUCAAUUUACCCCUUCCUCCACUUAUAGCUGACCAGAGAUUUAAUCAAUUACGGAACAUCAAAAGUGAUCCUAUUCCAAGUGCAAUUCCGUCUGACCCACGAUUAGCAGCAAAAGCAAAAAAUCCAAAUUUAGCAAGCAGAAGUGGCUCUCUGGACCACUCUACAGAUUCACAUUCUAGUAACUUAAGCAAAUUAGGAGAUCCUCGCUUGCAGAAAACUAUCGAUCCCAGACUCCAUAGACUAUCCAGUACAGACUCCCAUCAUGGAAUUGGGAAGGAUCUUUUGCCUCCAAAACCUGAUCCCAGGUUAGCCAAAUCUAGCACUGGUACAGCACAGUCCUCAGAAGCUGCCAGCUUUCAGUCUGACUCAGAUGUGUUGCCUCCAUAUGCCCCUAAGCUAUCGUCUGCUAGUGCUAGACUGGGCACUCCUAGUUCAAUACUAAGUGGCAUUAGUUUGUAUGAUCCAAGAAAUUCAUUGGACCCCUCUCCAGUUAAUUCAGGGGAGAAUGGAGAGAAUCAGAAAAAGGGUAUUUUGAAAAAUGCUGGCCAAAAUGAAGCAGCUCUCUCAGAAGAACAGUUGCCUCAAAAAACAUCCCCACACGUAGAAAAAACCCUGGAAGCAUUUGGAGAAGCCAGUCCAGAUAAAGGGGGUAGUGUCAAUAAACCUCAGACUAAACACUCCAGUGCUGCUCCGGCAGUUCACAAUCUUCCUAUCCAAGCUUUAUCAGGGUUAAUCAGGCCACAAUACAGUGAUCAGAGGCAAGUAAGGCAGCCUGGGCAGAUCAGUCAAAUACCAGAAAGUGAUCCUAAUGGAGAAUCGGAUGACAAAUCAUUGAAAGACGUUUUCAAGACUUUUGACCCCACUGCUUCGCCCUUUUGUUAGCUAUUUGUUUACUAAGACUUUUUACCAUUGUGAAUAAUGCAAGUUUAUGCAGUUUUGUAACUGGUUUACCUCUAUGCUUUAUUUAUUUUUAAAUUAUAACCAGAAACACUUUUGGGCUGCUAUUUUCAGAACCACAUGCAGUAAUACAUUAUGCUAUAGUGUUUGCCAAGUUGGUAUUUUCUAUAUAAUUUUCCCAUUCCAGGGAGAUUAAUCAGUGAUCAGUUUAAAAUAUAUAUUAGUAUAUCAUGUUAGAUCUGAGAGAAGCACUUUCAUUGUAAAUAAUCAUCAUUAAGGAUUUAAUUUGAAGACUUGUAUAUGUGUAAUGUGUCUUUUCAAAAUCAUUUAGAGAAUGUUGGCCACUUUUGUAUGAUUGUACAGGCUCAAGCAAUAUAAUGUACAUUACUGUGAGAGACACUAUUUAAGAUGACAAUUAUCUAAUCUAUCAAGUCCAACUUGCUAAGUAAAAUAAAAAAAUAUUGAUCUUUUCUGAGCAUUUGACACAAGGUAUCAUUUUUUAUUCAUUAAAUUGAUAUUCUUAGCCUAAAAAAUACCGUAUUGCAUAUUGAGGAGCUGAAACAACUUUUUAAAGUAUUUUAUUCUAUGCUGUAUAUAGAAGAAAUUGCAAAGGACAUAACUAAAACAUUAUUGUUAAAGUAGAAAACACCCUAAGUUGUCCGUGUUUAAAAAAAUGAAUUUACUUUUUUCAUGUAUACACUAUUCUCAAUUAGUGCUAUGUCACAUUGUGGUGUUCAUGUAUUCAAUGUAUUUUUGUAUUCAAUGGAUUAAUUUGUAUUGCUUUUUUGUAUUGAUGUAACAGCAGUAACAUGUAUUCAUGUGUCUGACAUUUUUAACAAAUUAAAAAAAAGUGAGAAAA